AUGCGGAUCUACCUGUGUCAUUUCUGCUCCUCUCCGGUUUACCCGAGUAAAGGUAUUAUGUUCGUCAGAAACGACGCCAAAGAGUUCCGUUUCUGCCGUUCCAAGUGCCACAAAAACUUCAAACAGAGAAGAAACCCUAGAAAGUUGAGAUGGACCAAGGCCUUCAGAAAGGCUGCUGGUAAGGAGUUGGUCGUUGACUCCACCUUGACGUUUGCCGCCAGAAGAAACGUCCCUGUCAGAUACAACAGAGAGUUGGUUGCCACGACGUUGAAGGCCAUGUCCAGAAUCGAGGAGAUCAGAGUCAAGAGAGAGCGUGCAUUCUACAAGAACAGAAUGAGAGGCAACAAGGAGAGACAGCUUGAGGCUGACCGUAAGUUGGUGGACGAGAACCCAGAGUUGUUGAGAAUGAGAGACGUCGAGUUGAGAAAGGCCGCCGAGCGUGCUGCCAGAAAGGCUGCCAGAGAGGGCGAGGAGGCUGCCGAGGAAGAGGACGACGAAGACGAGAUGGAUGUGGAGUCCGAGAGCGAGGACGAGAGCGAGGACGAGAAGGUCAAACAGAAGGUGCUCUUGAGGGCCAGAAGAAAGACUCGCGCCUAA